ACUUCCGGUUUGUUUCACGUGUGCAUGUUUGUAAACAAAUGCUUGACUGGACGGCAAAGUCUCAUCAGGUCUCAUCACUAUGUGUUCCUCUAUCCGCUGAUUAUCUGAUACACUCGCAGUGAAACUGAUAAGGAAAUACAAUGGCAUCCACAAUGCGCUAUUUGACGAUGAAUAAUGGCCUACGAAUGCCGACUGUCGGCCUUGGGACCUACCUCAUGAAAGGGGAUAUUUUGAAACAAGCCGUCGACUACGCCCUAUUCCUUGGGUACAGACACAUCGACACCGCGCUCAGCUAUGGUAACGAGGUUGAAGUAGGCGAGGUCGUCAAUGACAGGAUAAGGUCAGGAAAAAAUAAAAGAAAAGAUUUGUUUAUCACAACAAAGGUACCCUGUGCUUAUUUGGAAAAAGACGCAGCAAUCAGAAGUGGCGAAAUGUCGCUUGAAAGUCUCAAACUGAGACAUGUCGACUUGCUGCUAAUCCACCAGCCUUGGGGUAAUGUCAACAGAGGCGAUGGAACACUCAAACCUCUUAACCCCAAAGGAGAACGUGAACUUCAACAUCAUGAUCUUCUGGAAACCUGGGCUGCAUUUGAACAAAUGCAUGGUCAGAAUUGGGCCAAAAGCCUUGGAAUAUCUAAUUUCAACCCAAAACAGAUUCAGAAAAUAUGGGACAAAGCUAAAAUCAAGCCUGCAAACCUUCAACUUGAGGCGCAUGCGUACUGGCAGCAGAACAAGCUCGUUGAGUUUUGUAGAAAGAAGAACAUCGUACUUACUGCAUAUUCGCCUCUCGGGGCACCAUCUAAGCCAGAUAAAAAGACUGAUGAUUUGGUGCUGUUGGAAGAUCCACAAGUAAGACAAUUAUCAGUGGAGUACAAAAAGACCCCAGGGCAGAUACUGUUAAACUUCCUGUUGCUUAAGGGGAUGGGUGUUUUGCCUAAAAGUCAAAGUUUUGAGAGAAUUAAAGAAAACUUUGAUGUUCUUGAAUGGAAGCUUUCAUCAAGUGAUUUUGAGAAGCUGCGGGAGCUGGACAACACCGUCAAGUAUUUUACGAAUGAAUGGGCUCACGAGCAUCCUGAAUUUGACAAAAGUGAACCUUUCUGACCAGAUGGAAAUACAUCCUUACUAGAUGUGUAGUACUGGUGUGACUAGUGAAUGCUCGUAAUAAUAUUAAUUUGUGUUAUGCGGUUUAUAGUCAUUAUUAUUUGUUGUCCUGGAUUUUAUCAUUUGGAAAGUUAAUUCACAUAAUGUUUGAUCUUGUUGAUUGGGCUUUGAGGUGAGGUGAAAUUGGGUUUAACAUCGCAUCAACAUGAUCAAAGAUUAUUGCACUUAUAUAGCGACGUGCAUGCA